AUGGAAUGUGCCGAUUUGGAAGUCCAGCUGAAAGUAAAGGGUGAAACAAGGUCUAGUGAUAGAGCAUUGAUCACCCGUCGGUCCACUUACUCCGGUGGUUACCAUCAAGGUUUAGAGACCAUGCUCUUCAGCAACUGCUUUUGCACGGUAGAGUUAAGCUUAGAGCGGCUUACGGAAACUGUCCAGGCUACUAUCUUGAGUGUCCGUGUUGACGAAGAGGGGCCAUGGCCUUUUGAACAUGGCGGACGGAUUAUGUGCUCCUCACCACCACACGAAGUUAAGGACCCCCUAUCCAAGCAAGUUGUUCUGGUUGAUUCUCAUAGUUGUGAAGGUGGAGAAAUGCCAAUGGGCACAGCCAGUUACAUUGAUCUGUCAAGGCGUGUUGUUUCUGUAAAAUUGGAAGACAGCCUGCAAUUUGCCAUACAAGCCUACUCGCAGUCUGGCGCUAUUGCUAGACAAAGUAGUGUCACGUUCAGGACCAAAUAUUGCAACGUUAGCCGAGGUAUAUGCAAGAUUGGUGACUCGGUGGUGGAGAUUACUAUUGCUUGGUCCCAUAUUGUUAGGCGCAAGAGAGGAAUCCACUUAGCAGGUCAUGUUUGA